AUGGCGCCCGUCAAAAGGAAAUUAUACCAGCGCUUGCUGUUCCUUCUCGUUUUUCUUCCAAUCUCAGGUAAGCAGCGUUUUUAAACACGGUGUUGUUUGAGAGUUAAAGCGGUGUUUGGUGCAUCACUGUGGCUGUCCGUGACCUGUGUGUUGGACGGUGGACCCUGAACAGGAGCUGAGGACAGAGUUUAAAGCUCUCCUGUGAAACUUUACCGCGUUAACGGUCAACCAACGAGUAUUACCGUAAAGUUUAGAGCCGCUCACCUCUGAAGAUGAAUAAAUUAGUUUCUUUUCUGGUUUGGAUCACCUGUGAGUCGUCUUAAGUUGUGUUUAAGGUACAGUUAUUCAUUUUAAACCUCACGAAAUGUUAUUAUCGGAAUAAGAAUUUAAACCCACUUCUACUAAUGGUUUCUGUUAUUGUUGCUCCUGAGUUUAAUCUUACCCUGACCAACUAAUUAGUAGUCUACGAAAGGCAUGCGUAAAAAAAGAUGGAUAUCUAAAGAUUUGUGAGGUAUUUUGUAAUAUCUAACAGUCAUAUCAAUGCUUUAAUUGUGGAGCUAAGUGACAAAAUGAAAAAGAUUCUGGAAGUAUUGAAGUAGAAGUUAGCAACAGUGUGGGCUAAGAGUUUCUCACUGAGGACUGAGGUCUCAACAGUAGUGUCAGUCCAUCAUAAAAGUGUGUGGCCUACAGUACUGAUACAAGUUCAAUACACCUCCUAUCAAAAUUAAAGAUGGUAUAGGCCAUCCAUUUUUAUCCAGUUGUAUUUUCAGGAAGCAACUUUUAAUACCUGGAACUCCAGCACAUCACCAUCAACCAAUAUAACUUAGUUUAAAGAACAUUUUUCACCUCUUUGACCAUGCCAACAAAAACUAAAAAUGUUCUAGCUUCUCAAAAGUAGAUUUUGUGGUAUAGCUGUGGCAUUGGGAUGCAUUCGUUCUCAUAUCACUUGUGUGUUUGUAUCUGAUGUAUCUACUCUGAAUGAAAGUAAGAGCCUUCCAACAAUGUGUACUAUAAAUUCAAAAGAUAGAUAGAUAGAUAGAUAGAUAGAUAGAUAGAUAGAUAGAUAGAUAGAUAGAUAGAUAGAUAGAUAGAAAGAUAUGUAUGUUAAGGCCAUAUAGGAUUAAAACACUGUUUCGAAGCUCACUUUAAUGCAACAUUAUGUAAGAGCUCAUGCCGAGGAAUCAGUAAUAGGUUUCUGUACACACUAAAGGGACUAAUAGGAUCAACUGUUUCACCUUCAGCCAGUGACUUUAUGAGCCAUAAGUAAUUGGAUUAAAGGGGAGCAGAAAGACUCUAUGACUCUACAAUGUGAUUACUGUACAGGACAUUAGACUUCAUGCUGGCGGGCCUCCAACCCUCUCAAAUGUGAUUAUUUAGCUUUUUAAUCUUUGUCACACAUGAAUUCAUCUGAAUCUACAGCCUCCAGUAAGUGUAACCAGUGCGAUAUACAGUAGAUCACACAUUCAGGCAGAUAUAAGAUUCACCUCAGAAGACAGAUGGUAGAUCAGAGUGGAAAUUCUUCAGAAGUUUGUGAAUGCCUGUUUGUGUCUUUCUCUGCCCUUACUGAUGACCCCAUGCUGAUAACCACCCUCUUCUCCUUUUUCUCUCACAGGUGUUUUAUGCUUUAGUGAGUUAUUUUUCAUCAAGGAGCCUCAUGAUGUCACUGUCAUGCGGAAAGAAGCUGUUAUUUUGGACUGUCAGGCACAUGGAGAGUCACCAAUCGAUGUCAGAUGGUUGAAAAAUGGAGUAAAAGUCGUGGAGAAUGAACGGGUGUACCUGCUCGCCAAUGGCUCACUUUUUAUUUCAGAGGUGGAGAGCAGAAGAGGAGACAAAUCAGAUGAGGGGCUCUAUCAGUGCCUUGCUCAGAACAAGUUUGGAGCAAUCCUGAGCCAGAAAGCCCGUCUUACAAUCGCAAGUGAGUAUCAUGCUGGAGUCAUACUGGGAAAGUCAACAGUGUGGUGUGUUAUGUUCAUGCUGCUUGCUACCUUUAACUUGCAAAACUCACAAUGCUGGCUUCAGUUCUCCCUGCAUGAGUCAUUCAUGGAAAUGCAAACUUUUAAACAUUUUUCAUUCAUAGAUUUAUAAACAUGUAGCUGUGUCUUGUUGCAUUUAGACCAUCUUUGGUUGUGGCGUGGAGGAAGAGGGACAAAGCCUUCAAAGUAAAAGCCCAAAAGAUUGGGUUUUGGAGAGGAAUAUGCCCAUUGGUGUGUUAAUGAAGGAGUAGCAGAUCUGAAAGGUUAGGAGCUGUCCAGGAUACUGGCGCUCCAAAGCUAAAGAGCAGAUGACCCCUAUUCACAGGCUGAGGCUUUCAUGUUAUUGCACUCUGAUCGCUUGAGGAAUUGUUCUUUUGGAAUGCUUUCUCCUCCCGUGCCGUGCAAGUUGGCCUCAUAUUUUAAAGGGGGGAGGUAGAGAAGCUCCAGGCAGAGUUGGUCUUUUGGGACCUUAUAUCCCCUCCUCCCACACCACAGGCCAUGCAUCUUGCUGUGCCACUUUUACAGAAUGUAUGUUGAUCCUUUAUCAGAACUGCCAUCUGUCCUUAAACAUGCAUCUUUAACAUUCCAGGGGAGAUGCUGAAAUUAAAUUUCCUGGGGAAUUUGAGGACACUUUUGUGCAUGUUUUUGAUGGAAUAGUAAUUCAUGUUUCCAUGUAGUUCCCAAACAAAGUUGUUUACUUGGAGGUCCAUUCAUCUUAAGUGAUAGAUGUCAUCAUAGAUCACUAGGGGUAACUUUUUAGGAGUUUCUUUCUGUAAAUGAAUGAAAAUAAAUGUAAAUGCUGUAUUAAUAUACAUGCUGAAGCUGUCUCCUCUGAGACAGGUAUUCCUCAUCUUUGAGGAGCAAUAGAAGCUUGGAACACUUUCAGCACUGGGCAUUUUUUUUGGCUAAUGAAACUUUAUGGCCAAAUCAAGUGAAGCUGUUGGGAGUCACAGGGCGGUUUUCAGAGCAACAUAAUUUGUUAUGAGGCUGCAUUCGUAGUGCUCUCUGGUAGAGGUGUCAGUUGUAAAACAGAUAUUGUCUGAAACUUGACUCAUAUAAAUAGUUUUAUUAAUUAAUAGAGUAGUUUAUCUGCUUUAUAGUUUGAGGUUAAAAAGGUGGUAAAGGCUGCCAGUAAGCUUUACUAGUUUGUUUUAAAAUGGCACUUAGACCUGCUCGAGGGUCUAUCUGGAAGCUCAUAAAGUUUGCACAUACCUGAGAAAUGCUCAGUUGAAGGACACAGUGGUAGCAGUGGGGGUUGUUGCGAGUGUGUGCACACACACGUACGCACACACACACAAAUGUGAAUUACUGUUUCCCAGUACCACUGCCUUUACCCUGAGUGUCUAAAUGACCAAACUUUAUUGCAGCCCUCACCAGGUCAGUAGGGGCUGGAGGCUUCGCACACAAUUGCUUUCUGCCUCACUACUCUGGUGAAAGGGUGAAAAGCUUUUCACUCUGGCUGUCCAUAUUAACCACCCUGCUUGCAAAAGAAAAGGCUUUGUUUGGGGGCAAUUGUUUUCAUGGUAUCAGUGGACAGAACAGCUGGACCUGUUCAACUCUGCAAGGCUAAUUAAAUUCAUUUUAUAAGGUAGAGACCAGAGUUUGAUUGUAAGUUUACAUUGUAAAAAAAAAGGUCCUGUUCAACAGCAUGUGUCACUUAUGUUCCAUGCUAUGUCAUUUGAAGCAGUAUUUUAGCUUGAGAAAAAGUGCACAUGAAAUAUUAUUAUUUAUUACAAACAUUUUGACCUGCAUUUCACAUGGUUCUGAGGCCUUCACACAUAUUUCUUAUAAGCUGAAAGAUGGAUUGUGCAACCUGCACCUUUAAUGGUCUUUUUAAUCCCACAUGGCCAUAUGUUGAAGCUGUGGACUUACUGAUUGCUCUUUAAGGAAUGUGAUCGCAAUGAUGGAGAGCAACUUUAAACAUUGUCUUGUUGAAGCACAAAGGUGAGAGGGGAUUUGGCCAUGAUGAAACGGAAUGUGACACAUGAGCCUCACCAUGUGACUUUUGUCAAUAGACUCCAGAUUGAUGGGGAUUUCAGUGUGGAGAUUACCCCCCUGAGAUGACUUCCUUUUUUUAGUUUUUUGAACAUAGUGUUUCUGGGUACAAACUUAGGAAAAUUCUAGUUCUAAUAAACAUUUUUGUUAGUGCUUUGGCCUCAUAUUGGAUCCCAACAUUUUAAUAGUCGAUAAAAUGUGCAACUUCAAUUCUGGACACUUAUAAAGUCAAGUCAGCUGAAGAGGAAGUGCUGUAGAUACUUGGGCUUGGUGUUUGACAAUCACCCACCACUGGCUUUGUAUACAUCUGUGUGAUGUGUCCCAUUUACUGAUGCAGCUCACGGUUAAAGCUCUUCACUUGUUCAUGACUGUGUUUUCUGAGUAUGAUGAGAGUAUAGAGCUUAUAACUACAAUAGAUAUGCCAUGGUGUUCUACAUGGCAGCUUUAGUCUGCUUUUUUGUCACUCUGAUAGUAGUUGGAGUCUUAAAGGAGGUAUAAGAGCUGAUGCUGCUUCGUAACCAAAUCUGACCAAAUCUAACCUACUCUUGGGCUCUAGGAUAGCUCCACGGCUUUAUCUCAGGUUGCUAAGAUAGAGGGCCCGACUUGCACCAGCUAAGCACAAUUAGAAACCCCAAUAAGACGAAAGUAAACGUUGCACAGUGUGAACCGUGUUGUGAAUGAAAGAAAUGGCCCUAAGUGAGACAACUCAAAGCCUGGGAUCUUAUUUUUCUCCUCUGCUGGACACGAAAGGUUACCAUGGUUCCCCUGAACGGCAGGCCCUGAGGUCAAAGGUCCUUUUAAAUUGUUCAAUAGAUGGAGGGGCAGUGAGACAGAGCACAGGACUUAAACCUUUCCUACAAAAAUACUGGAUUUUCAUCUAGAUUUAUCAGUUGAUGCAUCUCUCAUCAAACUGUCUUGAUUUUGCUCUGAUAAUCGUCUCUCUUAUCUAUUGAUUUUAAUUGUAUUUCUCCAACAGAUUUUUUUGUAAUUCUCCAUGAAAAACUAGAUUUCUAUUAAAAAAUAAUAAUUACAAACAGAAUUUGUCUUUUUCCAGAUUGACUUCCUUUCCUUCGUGUGCUGAUAUGGAGAUUAAAGACAAUGAAGCCACUGUGUGUGCUGAGUGAAGGGUCACUGUUGAAUGAUUGGAAAACUUUGUGGCAGAGAUAAGGGAUGGGAGGAGGGGGCUAAACACUUCUUCUUCCAACACUACUCCCCCACUGCCCGGGCAGUGCUUUGAGAGGUCACGCCGCUCAUGGGAAUAGUUCUUUGUUUAGCCAGGCCAGUGGUCACUUGACUGUCCUGCAGCCUGAGAGCAGCAGCAGCACAUCUGCCAGCCAGCUCAUGAUUGAUUUGUGAGCUUUUUUUAAGCUCUGCAUUCUUCUGCUGCUUGCUUAUCAGCCGUCUUUUUUCUUAAAGCUUUUAUUUAUGUUCAGUGGGGGUCAUCAAGCAUUGUUGACUAGCCAUUACUCAUUAGAUAAUGCUUUUUUCUGUCAUGAUGAGAAUUAAAACUAUCUUCUUUGGCAUAACCAUGCUGUGCACCAUGGGUCAGUUCAGGGAAAAGGCCUGCAAGAUGGAUGUAGGUUAAACUUUGGAAAAUUGUUUCACCGAUUCUGUGGCGUUUUUUUCAUCGGUCUCCUGGUGCUGAGGCCAUCAGUUGAGUAUGUAGCCUGCAGAAUCAGGAGAGGAUGAUCAAUUUUAAUGUCUUCCCUAAAAGAUUAGACCCUGGGGGAAGGGUGGGUUGUGUUGGGGAUGGUUAGGGGCAUCAUACCAUUCAAGAGGCUCCAUGUCGGCCAGAAAAAGCUUGGCAGUAAAUACAACUGAUAACAAACUGCUGCUGUCAACUAAGCAAGGUUGAAAUCAGUGUCAGUUGCCAAAUACAUUUAUGCCCAUUUUUUAUGUGUUUUUAAAAGAUAAUGUCUGUGUUUGAAAUGAGGUACAGAUGUACAUGUUUUGGAGAAAGAGUUAGACAACAUUUUAGAGUGAAGAGCUAAAUGGACUUUCAAGGUGCAUGUUGGCUAAGAAACCGAGCAGAGGCGAGAAGGCUGAACUAAUUCCUGGUAUUUUUAAGGGAAUCUUUGUUUUGGCCUGACCUGUCCACUGACCUUCAGUUUGUUGAGCUCCUAGCAUCAGGAGGCCCAUCUGUUGCGAGCUAAAGUGAGCCAAAUAGUUUUAAUCUUUCGGUAUAAUUUUGCCCGUAGGUUGAUCAGAAUGUUAAAAGAAGAUUUCUUCUAUUUUUAAGUUUGAAUUUGAACUCAGAAAAUCACUAAAUUUACACUGAGCUAUUGCUUUAAUUCAACAUGCCACAUCACUUGUAGUAAAAUUAUGCUGAGGCUUUUCUUACCUUAAAAGAGAGCUGUGCUGGAAAUAAACGCUGUAAGUUAUUAUCCUGCAAUCAUUUCAAACUGUAAUUUAAUGCCCUGCAGCUGCCGGACCUCAUGUUGUGUUCUAGUUGUUGAAUCACAAUCAAAUGUCAGAAACUAUUGAUAAUUCAGAAUAGCACAUAAUGACUAAAGCUUCCGGCAUGAACAGAGGGAUUUCUAGGCAGUUUGCAGGCCAGCAGUAAGUCACCGCGCCUCUGGUUUCAGGUAAUCAUGCAGUUGGGUGAUCACCCAAGUUGGGUGCUAACCAGGAUUUGUGGGGGUCAAAGGUGAGAGGUGGAACUGCUGGAAAGAGCAGAUUGUUGGAAAUUUUCCUUGCGCUUUUGGGGAAUAGGCCGAAGAAUUCAUUCUGAUAGAGUUGGCUGAUAUCGCAAAAUAGACACAAGGCUUUGUGUUUGGUAUUAUUGUGAAAAAAUGGAAAAGACACAAACUUUUUAUUUUAUUUUAGUCCUAACACACCAAAAAAUAUAACAGAUGUUACAGAUGAUUUUAGGAUAAAGUAAAGGUGGGACACAGCGUCAUGGUAGCCUCGAUCAUAUAUUCUACACAACAUUAGACCCCCCCACUGUAAACAUAAUUGCUCAAAGAAGGUCAGACUCCUAGACCAACACUCCACAAGAGCAAGCAGAUAUAGAUUUUCCUCCUUGUCUUAGUAGUUUAUCAAUAAUCAAUGAUUAUCCUGCUGCUUGUCAGUCCAGCACCAUUUGGCUGAAUGUAAAGACAAAGCAGUGAGGCAGAGGGUGAGUGCAGCUCAGCUCCCAUGCCCUGCAGUCAUAUCACUUCAGCACCUUGAUGGCACUUUUGUAAGAGCUUGCGUAAACACAGGGGGGUGGUAGAGGGUGGGCAUGUGAACAUGAGUGAAGCAGUGGUUAGGAGUGCCUCUCUCACUUCUGUCAUCCCAUGAAACAAACACAUUGGAGCUCAGAGGGGUAACAACUUUAGACUGAUUUUAAGAAAGAGCUGGAUAGUACUGACUUUUGACCUGUGCUCAAAAAUGAAUGUUAUUAUGCACAUACACAAGUUCUUCCUCAGAGUAUGUAAAAAAAAUUAACCUAAUUACAUCUAUAAUCAGUGUCUUUUCAACCCACUAGUCCACUCUAUUGUCUUUUAAGUAAAUCUGGUUGUGUGGAAACUAAAAGGAGCCAACAGCAAUCAUUACAAACUCUUUGUUUUUUCCCUCUUAGAACUUGUCAGUGGAUGUAUCGAGGAUCAAUACAACAAUCAGCAGCAGAAAUCCCAGUUUAUACUUACUUUUAGUCUAUACUUUUAUUAGAGCAACUGGAACUAUCUCAUUUGCUCUGGUUGUGUAGAUAUAUCAGAUUGAUUCAGAGGCGAGAUGCUGUAACUUGUGUAAAAGUUAUUAGUCACCGAGUCAGAGCUCUCCUGCUGUUUGACACUACAACACCUGGCAACACUGUUUACACACAGCCGUCUAUCACGGCCUUUAUAGACAACACAGCGUGUUUAUAACUCAGGGGAUAUUUUUGUAAAGGUAGAGUGAAUCGUGGGAUUUUGUAGGACAUCUCUUCAGAAAAUAAUGUUGAAAAACAGGAUGGAUUCUUACGUACAAACCUUUUGGGUGCAAAGCUAAAUUAUAUCUUUUUACCUUUUGUGCAUUGUAUUUCUUUUAAUAUUGUAUCAAGUAUCUCUCUUAGUUUUUUAUUCAAUGGCACUCAACAGGUUGUGAUAAAAAAAAAAGUAUUUGGGAUGUUUUUACAUUGAAUUCUGGACAAUCAAAGAUUUGAGUUUGUCAAAAACCUGGUUAACGAGCACAGCAGUGUGUUUAUCACUUACUAUAGAUGUGAUUGUUUCAUCCUUGAGCUUGCAGAAAGACUCAAAACAGACACACCAAACUAGAAAAAAGUAAUUUGGCUUAAUAUAGAGUUGUAAAAAUGCAUUUUUUUUAUCCACUGGAUAAAAUAAUUGAUCUGUUGAUUUGGCUGUAUUGCUCACAUAGAUUUUAUGAGUUAUUGAUAAUAAUGGAUUACAGUUUAGCUCAUUGAAACGUUGACUGUUUUUUUUAAACCUCAGAAUUGGCUUUCUACCACAGUGCAAUUGAUUUCCUGUAUUUAUUUAUUGACUUCAGUCUUGACCAGCUUUUUGGACACAGAGGGGAUAGUACAUCUAAGAGUGAAGUAAAUGGCUCUCAGAACUGAUGUGGCCAAGGGGGAACGGCUUUCAAGAGAACUUAAAAAAACACAACAUCAAUUAAAAGCAUACAUAGACUGCUGCUGUUUGCUCCACUAUAGAAGGCCUCAUUGUGAUUCACUUUGGGCCUCUUCUGCUUGCUGCUCAGCUGGUGGCUGACAACAGCUCAGUUUCAGGGAAACUCUAUCCAUGCAGGAUGUAGCUGUCUCACUCCAGUCAUCACUUUCUGCUGCACUCAGCAUGCCUGUUGCUUUGUAGGUAAUCUCUUUUUUUGUCAUCUUCUCGAUCUAAAGGAGAUGGCUGAAGGUCUAAAACACAAAAACAAUUUUAACCAUGAGUCCAAAGUAAGGGAUUGAUCGUAUGUUAAUUUUGGUCAGUACAGGUGUUUCAACAGGCUCUGAUUUAGAUUGAGAUAAAGAUUAGACCUCUUUUGUGUCUUAGUUUUAUGUCCUAGGGAGUUUUGUAGGGGGUCACAGAGUGAAAAACAGCACCAGUUUUCACUACAAGUAAAGACCUCAAGGCAAAGGCGUCUCCUUUGACUUCACCUUUCAAGGAAAGUGCACAAGAGAUUAAGACUUGAAUGCUACUCCUGGUUAUAUGUAGGGACUCAACUAUACAAGGCACAUUGAGCUUUGUGUGUUGUUUAAAGCUGUGCUAAUUCUUCUAUGACUGCCUUUGGCAAAUAAACCACUUUACCUUGGGACUGGGGAAAUUAAUACAUUUGACAGUUUUUUACUUCAACAGUCAUUAUUAAUCAUAUGAAGUAAUUGUUUUCUGUUAAAUAGUCAUAAUGUGGUUUAAUUUCAUAUAACCACCAGGUAACUAUUCUGUAAACUGUCCAUAACUCAGCUCCCAACUAAAUAUACAAACAAGCAGACACUUAGAGUAAAGACACUUAGUAUAAAUGAUUUUAUCAAUGUUAACAUGAUUUACUGAUACAGCUAAAAAAAAAACAGUCCCUCAGUUUGGAUGGUUGACGGUACCAUGGCAACAGGAUUCCUAUCAGCUUUUUUAAUGUGUGAAAUGAACAUUGAACUUAAGAUUUACAUUGACAGUAAAGUCAAAGCAUCAGUGUGUUUCCGCUGGCAUUUACACCAGAUCAGCACCCAUAUGAGGUCAUUUUCCCCUGAACUUUUCAGUAAGCAUUUUCUUCUCACUUAACCAGUUCUGCAACACAACCAAAGUCCAGACUGUGAUGCAGUUCGUGGUUGCUAUGACUCAGCUUUGUGUAUUUUAGCAUCCCUUGCUAAAUUUCUGUGCUGUUUUGUCACUUGUUGUGUUCGUUUCUCUGACUGGUCACCCACUAAAGACAAAUCUAUUGUUUUUGCAUUAGAGUAAUAAUAAAAAGUUCUGCCUUCUUGUCUUUUCUAUCAGUGCUGUUUGAAAAGAGACAUUUUUUUAAUAGUCAGUAGGACAAAGUGAUAUCACAAACAGUUCACUGGCUGUUCUGUAACUCCUGUCUUUUAUCCAAUCAGAAUCAUGUAAUCCACACAACUGGGCGAUUAGUGAGAAAGCCAUGAAAUAAUCUAGAAGAAACGUAUUUCAAAUCCAGUUUGACAGGAGUCAUAUAGAACAUUUGCUGUCUGUUCAUGUGUGGUGUUUGUGAAAAGUAAUCUCUUGUUGUUCUGUUCUGCUCCAGGUAUCUCUACUUUUACAAUCCAGCCAAAGUCAAUAGUGGUGACUCAAGGCUCAGUUGCUAGGUUUUCCUGCAAAAUCAGUGCUCACCCUCCUCCAAUCAUCACCUGGGAGUUCAAUCGUGUCACAUUACCUCUCACCACUGAAAGGUAUGGACUCUGCUGUUUUCUGUUUUCCUUUAAAUGAUCUGUAUUAUCCUGUGGGUUACCAUUGCCCUUCAUUAGUGUUUAUUUACAUGGUAGAAUGCUGAUUUUUUUGUGCUUCUUACUGUUCUCCAGAAUCACAGUCCUGCCCAGUGGUGUUAUUCAGAUCCAUGAUGUUCAGCGCUCAGAUGCUGGAAAUUACCGCUGCAUUGCUACUAAUAUUGCCAGCCGUCGUCGAAGCAUGGAGGCCACCCUCACUGUCACCCCAGGUGUGUCACAAGAACUACGAUCUAACCACAUUUACAUGAUGGCUUAAUUGUUUCUCAGAAGGCUUAUUUUUUGAAGAAGAGCACAAAUGGAAUAUGUACAUAUGGGCGAUAAUACUCUGCAAAACUACAUGCACUAAAGCUGUCUUUCACUGCAGCUCCCACGCCGCAGCUUCCCCAGAGGCCUCGCAUCAUUGCUGGGCCACAGAACGUUUCAGUGUCACUGCACCAGACUGCCAUCCUGGAAUGCAUGGCCACAGGAAAUCCCAGACCCAUCAUCUCCUGGAGCCGUGCAGACAGCAAGUCUAUUGACGUUUACAACACUAAAGUUCUUGGAAAUGGUAACCUCAUCAUCUCAGACAUCAAACCACAGCAUGGAGGUGUCUACAUGUGCAGAGCCACCACUCCUGGCACGCGAAACUACACUGUCGCUGCAGCCAAUGUCACAGUGCUCGGUAAAGAUAUACAUCACAUGAAAGUUUGUGCUUAAAAUAAUUCCAGUGAUUACCUGGAAGCUUUCAUUAUAACCACCCUAUUUGAUGUUGUUCUUCUUAAGCACCACCUUCUUUGGUUGAGUGGCCAGAGAGCCUGACUCGUCCACGUGCUGGCACGGCCCGCUUUGUGUGCCAAGCUGAAGGAGUUCCAACGCCAGUAAUCUCUUGGCUCAAAAAUGGAGAGAAAGUUCACUCCAACGGCCGGAUUAAGAUGUAUAACAGGUAACCUUCUCUCCCUUCUAGAGAUACCAUGACCUGCUCUACUUAAAUGUCAAAUGUAGUUAUGUCCUUAUGCGCAGAGAUCCUAGAAACAGGAACCUGUGCUCCUUUAAGUUUAAAAUACUCAUUUAGCAGACUUUGUGGGCCAAUUUGGAACAAUUUAAAUAAAUAAUUCACAGUUGUCCUUACAGUAAAAAGGAAACUGAAUUAUUUACAGUACUGCAAAUAGGUUGCCGUCAUUCUACCUUUAAGUUGCUCUCACUCCUUAUUCAAGUGUCAGUGCUUGUAAAAUUAAUUAUAGGAUGAGUCCACCCUGGUGAUGAGCCUUUGCCAUCUGGGUGCAUGUUCUUCAUCAGCCUGUGUGUGUGUGUGUGUCCCUGUCCCAUAGCAAACUGGUCAUCAACCAGAUCAUCCCAGAGGACGAUGCCAUCUAUCAGUGCCAGGCAGAGAACGAGCAGGGAUCAGUCCUCUCCAUGGCCAGGCUCAUCGUGGUGAUGUCUGAGGAUCGGCCCAGUGCACCGAGAAAUAUCAGAGCUGACACUGUUUCGAGCUCCGCCAUCCUUCUGGCUUGGGAGAGGCCUCUGUAUAACUCGGAUAAAGUUAUUGCAUACUCAGUGCACUAUGUGAAGGCUGAAGGUGAGUGACAUGUAUGCGACAAAACAACAGAACAAGUUUAAGAAUUAUACUUUUACUGUUUUGGUAAAACAGGGAUAUAAUCUCCAGUUAAAGGAAACUAUUAAUAGGUUGAGAUUUCAUGUUUAUGGCCUUUGAAAGAGUAGUCUGUUCUUUCAGGCUUGUAAUAUUUCUGCUGAUCCAGGCAGCAGCUGAUAGAAAAAGCUCAACCCCCAAAUUUAUUUUAGUUUUCAAACUUGGUGUUAGUCUGAAACCAGGGAUAGCUGACUCUUGAGACUUCACAAGGCUGAUAAUCAGAUUUCACACUAUUUCUUCUUGAGGGUUUAAACAUCCAUUUCACAUCUAAAGAAGUCAGUCUUACACUUGUAAAGUAUGUGGAAAUUACUCCUCAAAGUCUAAGAAAACAACAGCGUGGUUACUUAAAUGCUGACAGGAAUUACAAAUUAGCCUUGGCUAGAAACUUGUAUGUGUGACAUCUACUUUGUCUACACUAUGAAGCAAUGUCCCAUGCAUUUGUCCCUGUCAAGUUAACAAUAAAGGAGAUUAAUAUUGGCUCACUGUGUGUUAUCAGUGCUAUAUUGGUGGUCAUGAGUUCAUUAAAAAAAGGAAGUCUUCUCAAAAAUAAGAGGAAAAACACAAAAAGUCCUUCUUAGAGCAUUGCCACAGGGAGUUUUAAGGUGGAGGUCCCUUCUCUGAUAAAAUGCAGGAUACAAACAAAACUGUUCACAAAAAGCACAAGGGUUGUAGUGUGGCAGCAAAAAAAAAGCCUUUCAGCUUUCCUGGGAACUCUUACCGCGAAGAGUCACAUUCAAACAAUACAACAUUUGAAAGAAAAACUCAGCUUUUUAAUUCAAGCAGUGCACUUCAUUAUAAUGCCACUGACUUUCAUUGGGGAUGUGAAAAGUACAGAAUUCAGCUGAGAAGAAAGGAACACCUGCUCAAUUUUGUUUAGGAUAAGGGGUCAAAAUAAAAAAAAAAACACCCUGACAAAUUCUCUGCUUUAUCCCUGAAUAACUGGAUUUGGAAAGGGUCUUUUUUCGUGCACUUAAGUUAGAUUUAGUGACACAAUUCCUUAGAAAGGUCCAUGCUGAAAAGCUUUCAGUUUGACAUUGACAGAGUAUCAGUCAGUUGCUCUGCACCUGAAGCCUGGCACUACAUGAGGCUCUAAUGAAAAGAGGAACUAAUUAGUUUGUGUGGUAGAGGGCCCAAAAGUGUGUAUUCUGCAAGAGCCGUGGGGGGUUGUGAAUUGGACAGGAGGGGAGACUUUGUUACACUUUUCAGUGAGGUCCACUGAAGCAUAGAGAGCAAAGAAAGAGCUCUCUUGUUUACUGCAUAAGUACCUUGUUUACCAGGUCAGAAAUCAAGCAAGCUGAGUCUUUGUCCUGGGCGAAAGUGUAACUUUUCAGUGAUUGUGCCUGUCUUAACUAAUGAUACAUCAAUACACACAAGGAAUAUUUGUGUGUGUUUUACUGAUUUUUGUGGGUUUUGAAUUCCUUGGUGGUUGGUUGGUGAACUUUCAUGGUGCAAAGCCUUCAAUCCUGUAAAAUGCUACCAUUACUACCAUAACCAAUAGAUUUUAACCUGCCCCGUCUACAAUGUGUUGUAACUAUUCCAGGAUUAAACAAUGAGGAAUAUCAAGUGGUCAUUGGCAAUGAUACAACUCGCUACAUUAUUGACGACCUGGAGCCAGCUCGCAACUACACCUUCUACGUGGUGGCCUACAUGCCCAUGGGAGCUAGUCGAAUGUCAGACCACGUGUUCCAGCACACACUCGAGGAUGGUAAGGCAUACAUGAACAAUCAUUCCCACAGUGAACACAACUUCAAACCAGCUUGUGUAUGAGAGUCAGGGGGGAAUAGAAAAGGGAGUGCCAUAAUCACUGCUCAAUCAGACUGAGAGACUAAGUUUAAGGUUAGGAUGACUUUUAUUAUUUAACGCAAGACAAGUGUUUCUGUUCUACAUGACUGAAAAUAUUAAAUGAUAUUUCAUUGCCCAAACAGGCUUCUUACACCACCUUUUUCUUCCCUCGCGAAAGUGUCAGAGUAGAGGGGCCCAACCCAAAUAGGCUUUUGCCCUUGCUCUGUCUCUCCUCUUUCUCCUCAUAAAAAUAGAAGAGUAGGGGGAGGUAGAGCGUACAGCCUAACCCAGGGUGAGUCGCAGCCGAAACAGACUGCCUUCCCUGUCCUCUACAGACUCUUCCCUUGUUUUCUCUCUCAUCCCUUACUCAUCCCUUAGAGUUGGGGGAGGUGGAGCGUACAGUCUAACCCACACUGGCACGAUACCUUGGCUCUACCCUCCUUGUCCUCUUACUUAUACCUUACUUAAGCCUCCUUUAAGUGUUGUUGGCCAACCAGUGAAGGGAGGUACCCACUUGAAAACAGUGGUGAUGUACAGGUUCUCACUGUCAAACUAACUACGACUUUUCUCAUGACUGAGUUGGGGGGACAUUAAAAUUUAUGCGGUAGGUUAUGUAACUUCUCAAUAGAGCAUACAUGCUAUAAUGAGGGCAUAAUAGGUUUGGUUUCCCCAAAGAGUGCUUCUCUUUUUCUAUAAGAGUACCUUGUUUAUUUCCAGGUCAGAUAAAAUCAGAGGAAGAAGCUAUGAAUGUUAAUUUGGAUUUGUUCAAAGCUAAGUUUUCUCUGUCUGUCUUUCUUGUUCGUUCUCAGUGCCCCUUCGAGCCCCCGAGCUUAGCCUCACUAGCAACAGUCCCAUGGAUAUCCAGGUGUCGUGGCAGCCCCUUCCAGACAAGCUGAGCCGUGGCAGAGUGUCUGCGUACCGUUUAUCCUACCGCACCAGUGCUGAGAAUACAGUCUCACAGGUGGAGCUGCCAGGAGACAAAACUCAGCAUUUCCUGGAAAACUUAAAACCUGACACCAUCUACCUGCUCCGGAUUGCUGCUGCUACCAGUGUAGGGUGGGGAGAGCAAUCUGCCUGGACAUCCCACCGCACUCCAAAGACAUCCAGCGCUCGAGGUACAACAUUUGGGAGAGUUGCCGUGAAAACUUUUGAAAAACAAGUGCAAAUUGUUUGAAUAGUAAGAAUUUUUAAUUUUACUGAAAUAUUAAAAAACCCUGUCCUGGAGGGAAUUUGACCAAAACGCUUAAAUGUGUUAAUAUUUCUUAUCUUUAUAUUUUAUGUUUGAACCAUGAGGCGGAACGAAGAGAGGAGCUUCCUCUAAUAAUCUUGUUAAGGCGUUGGGUUUGUUACUCUCUGACCUUUGCCCUGCACUGUCAGUAACAUUGGAAGGGUUUCAGUCAUGGGUCAUAAAGGGAGCAACUCAGGCCUCUGGGUGGGAAAGAGUAUAUGGCUGCUUAGAGCCACAUCUGAAGCUCUGGGGAGGGGGAGGGGAAGAUUUGUUUUUUUCUUGCCCAUCUCUUUGGCCUCCUGUCUUCACUUUAAACAGGAGCAGGAUUUGUCAUUGAGGAACUUUUAUUUUUUUCAUCUUUUAAACAAAAAUGUGUUAAACUCCUCACUUGGCUGCUGGUGAAGUUUCCCUUGGUCUGCGCUGAGUGUGAAACAGCUGCUGAGGCAUCAGGUGAUAGUUUCACUUUCAAAGAAAACCCCAGCUUGUGAACCUCCUCCGUCCAACACAUAAAUAUUUCAGACAGCAUGUCCGAAAGAUUACGAUUUUUCUAAGAACAAGAUCCUGUUUUCUCAGAAACGUCAUUCAUUACGUUUACUAAGAAUUUAGGGAAUAAUUCGAUACUUAAUGGUGGUACAGUUGGCAGACUUUUUAUGGGAACUAUCUUUCUGUGACAUUAUUACUAUAAAAUUCUUAAUAUUGGUUCUGGCUUUUUUUCUUCAUUAGUUCCUCUGGCUCCAGACCUCCAUUUGGAACCUCUUAACUGCACCACUAUACUGGUGCGCUGGCAGCUAGCACCCAGGAACUCGGCCAGUGUGCAAGGAUACAGACUCUUCUACCAUGAGGAGAGCCAGUCAGAGAAUGCCCCCCUUCAACUGCGUGCCUCAGAUAACACACACACUAUAGGAGGCCUUGGUAAGUUUUGUCAUAAAUCAUAAAAGUUACCUUCUACUGCCUCAUGAUACUUGAUGAGCAGAUGAUGUGACGUUACGGGAUUUUAGUUGGAUUCACUGGCUUAACGCACUUUUGAAUCCAUUGGUAUGUUCUUAGGCAGCUGAAGAACUCCUGUUUAAAUGUUUCAGUAAAUGAAGAAAGGAAAAAGAAACAAACACAACAACAUAGAGAUUUGAUUUUCAGCCAUAGGGGCAGUAUACUCUGGAAGUGAAGAUUGUAAUCUCAGGUAUACUGUACUCCUGGUUCAAUAAAGAAAAAUAAUGAACCAUAAAAAUAAUCAAUUGAAAGUUUCAUGUCUGAAAGUCAUGCUAAGUGCUUGAGCUGUUAUUGGCCUCAGUAAAAUAGUUCGUGUAAGAUCAAUUUGCUUAAAACCAGAAGCAGCUUGUAUUGACAGCAGGGCUUAUACGUGAUUAAUUAGCUUAGGGCUUGUCAUGUGUGGAGCAUCACAGAACAGCUCCACAUCCCACGUCCGUGACCUCCCAACCUUUGCUCGAGAUUUCAGAGUGUGUGUCUUUUCAGCAGCUGCUGGAUGGUGUUUGGGGCAAAUCGCAGCUCUUCUAGCCAUAGGGUCACAUUCAUUUUGGCCUUUUUUUUGUUUGAGAGAGGAAAGGGGAUCAGGCCAAUGCAGUGGACAACUGACCAUCUGUGGCCAGAGGGGGUCAACCAGGUGGUCAGCAGCUGACUUGUAAAUCAGACUGGUCAGUGCUAGAAUGAGAUCAGAAAAAGAGAAGGAUGAGGAGGCACUAUAAAUUACUUUAGGCGUUAACUCUUCACUGCUGCAGGCAUGCAGCCAGUUAGAGAUUUGGUUUAAUGACUUUAACACAGCUAAAGUUAGUGCCAGUGCUACAAAACAACAACACGAGUUCGACUCUGGUUCUUUUGACUGUGAUGAAAAACUAAUUUUCUGUGUUAGUUUAAUCAACUUUAAGUUUUAACAAUAUCUUUAGAUGGUGGAAAAAUACACUUGGUACAAAAAAACAAUGCACUUGUGUAUUUUAUUCUGUUUGCAUUAAAUUUAUCAUCACAUGUACAUGGGGCCUGCAGUUCUUAGAAGCUGCCAUUCAGUGCAGCUCUUUUUAUUGCCUCAUCAGACUGAUAAAUGUCCCGGUAGGAAAUCUACAGCUGCAGCUGCUGAUGGGAAUUAAUCCAAUCAGUAAAAUUAACAACAUCUAAAAUAAAGCUUUAGCGGCAUUUGAAGAAGAAUCAUCUUAUUGUUCCUCUCUGAUAAAGGAGCUUUGCAUUGCUGUGUUUCUAAGAGAGAGGAGCUGUUUUGUGGAGGCAGAUUUAUUAUGUGUUUUAUGACUGCUUUGAGCAGUGUUGCUGGAGGAGCAUUGACAUCAAAGACCCUCAUUGUGUUUGGCUUUGAGAGCCACAAAGAUGGUUUAUUAGCCAAGACCCAAAGGAAACGCAACCUCUCACCAACUGAGCUGUAGGUAGAACAAUGAGCAUGGCCUGUGAGCUCACUAUCUUGCAGUUUGAGAUUUCUUUCUCAUGAAUUAGCUGCAGCACUGUUCACAAAGAGGAAGAGGUGUAAAAUGCUGCUUCUGACCUCUUGUGUGUCAACACAUCCUGCAUCAGAGAGAAAACCCUGCUGUGAGGGAUUCAGAUGGCUUUUAUGCAUUUCAUCAAUUAUUACUUCCUUCUAUUAGACAUUACUCUUCUCUGUUAGUAUAGCUGCACCAUUUCCUAAAGGACUGAUAAAAUUGUCAAAAUCUUUGAUAAAACAUGAAGAUUUGAAACAGGAUGGAAAGCAGGAUUUUAGAUCUAGAUACUCGGCACUUGAAACAGAUAUGCAGAAAUUUAGAGUCACUUGAAACCAUGUGUUUGACUUUUACUCAGUUUGUGUCUUCAAGGCCACCAAAUGCUAAAUGCUGAUUAUCUUCUGGGGCAAAUUAUACUGUAUGUGCUUUUACUGGUAGUGGCAUUUUUGUAGGUGUGUGUGAUGUGUCAGAUGUGUUGGUAAACGUGAGCUGUUCCUGGUGGGAUUCAUAAAAGUACUUUAUUCCAACCAUUGAGUGCAAGCUGUAACUUAGCAGUAUUAGUAGGGCGGCAAAUCUUUUGGAGUUUCCCCUCUCUCUCUCUCCUAGUGCCUCUUACCCCGCUGACAACACAUCCAGAAAACUCUCAUCUAGGAGAUGGAGGCACCAAUGAAGUAUUAUAUUAAAGUGUGCACUGAAACACAGGGCAGCUCACACCUAAGAUGGAGCGUAGAAAAGCAGACCGAUAGAUCAGAGUGAUAUAUGUUUGUCUGCUUCUGUUACUAUAAAACAGGAUAAAACUACGAACAUCUUCUUCUACACUUUACUCCUCAGUGCAGGAUUAAAAAUCAAGCGUUGUCUUCCUUACCCUUCCUCACUGAAUACACCAGACAUUGUACAUUAUCCAUUUUUUUAAAUAUAUAUAUAUAUAUUUGGUACAGCCAGCUUUAAUGUCUUUCUAUAGGAUUCUUGUCGAGCCCACAUUUUUGUUGAUUUGAGCUCUGUUCCAGUUGAGGGUCUUUGACAACAAGUCCACAGUGAGAGGAUCCACCACGACAUUACUUUUUAUUUGCUAGUAGCUUAUAAGUGCAGACAGCCUAGAUCAAAAUAAAAAGUUUGCUCACUGUUACUUGACUGUGAUUUCCCCCAUUUUUUAAUCAUUAUACUAGUGUAAUUUAGUUCAAUAUAAUAUCAUACAGUGAUCUAGAGGAGAUUUCAGAAUAACAAUAGCCUGAAUCAUUAUAAUAUGAGCUGCAUUGCUCAGCACAACAUUUCCUAUAACCCCACCAAUGAUCAGCAAAGGAGCCACCCCCUUUUUUUGCCAAUUGUAUUGAUUUUUUUGAGCUACCAGCUGUGAUAAAACUAGAUUCUGCUGAUUCAGCACUCUGUGUACAUCUGCAGAGGAACAUACUCUUCAGCUCCCAGUUAAAUUAUCACUUGUGAUGAUCCAGAUGAUUGACAACACACUCUGAGACACAGGAAUGCGUUCGGGAGGCUCCAGCUGGGUAUAUAAGACGUAGUGAUGUGACCUUUCCUCGCAUGUGUUUUCUCUGCUCGGCCCACGAGAAGAACAUGUAGAAGAAGAUGAAGCUUGAAUACCUCUCAUACCUGUUGGCACCAGGCGCUGUGUGUGCUGAACUGUAGAUUUAUCUUACUGCUGCAGGCCACACUUACCGCUUUUUCCCCCCACCCUUUUAUCAAACGCACGAUGCAAAACCUAGGUGUGCACCCUGACUGUCAGUGGAAAAGGCUGUUUCACACUUAACAUGUGCGUGUGUCAGUAUGUGGCUGUGUGUUGAUUUGUGUGAGUAAGGGGCAAAAGACAGAGGGAGAAAAGGGGGAGGACAGAGAGAGAGAGAGAGAGAGAUGAUAGAUGCUGGUGUGAGGGUUCAUGCGGGAGUUGACAUUUAUGGCCCCUGUUCAGGCCUGGCUUGCAGCGGCCUGGGGGGCCUUUCGCAGGCCAGAACAAAACCUCAGGGGCCAACAGGAUCAGCAUUUUGGCUGUAAAAAAAGGGGGUGACCACAAAUGGCUCAAAUAUGCCCUUUAAUACAAACAGCAUAAAUUAUGGGAGUGAGGAAUGUGAGAUUUAUCUCAGUGUGACGGACAAGAAAUGGCAACUCAAGAGGAACUAAGCUUUCUAAGAAUAGGAAAGACACUGGUGCAGACACAUUUUGCAUUUGUUUUUAUUUUAUUAUUUAGGGAUCAGUGGAAAGAAAGAGGUGAUUUUCUACUUUUGGUUGGCAACAGUUGUGAUUAUUCGUCACAGUUUCUUAAAAUCUAACAAUCAUGCCUGUUGAAAGCUUUCCUCCUCUGAAAAUGUGAGUCUGUGAUCUUUCUUUUCUGUGAUCUCUGAAUGUCCUCAUAUCAGGAACACUGUGUCAUCACCUAUGAAGUGGCAUUUUAUUUUCGACUCUUGAUGUUUCCCUGUUUUUCCACUCACUUCCUCUGCUUGACCCUCCCCCUUCAGAGAGAGCCCUAUAACCCCUCCUUUUGCAGGAUUUAGCUUGCCCAGAUUCCGUGUCAAAGGUCGUGGCCCAGAUGUCACAGCUUCCCCCCUCGCGGAGCUACUCUUUCGCAUAAUUAUGGCAGGCCCAUUGUAUCGUGGGGCUGGGUAGAGGUGAAUGCUAUGUGCCGGCUCAUCUUCAGAGGUGGACAUUGAAGCAGAACAAACUGGGCAAAAGCUCUGAACUAAAAAGAUGUUGAAAAGGCAUCAAGCUUCUGUGUUUGAUACACUGCAAAAUCACAGGAUGAACUUUUGUCUCCUCUUUGCUCAGUCUCGGCUUCUUCCUGUGAUUCAUUUUGUAGUUAGGAAGAGUUAUCAGUACAUUUUUUUCUCUGAAUUGUCUUGGCAAACAGUCCUGAAGUUGUGGACAUGGAGGAUCUCUGAACAGAAGAGGCUCUUCUCAUAUUGCAAACCCGUGACCUCAGAUUCUUUCAGAGUUUAAUCUCGGCCUGACCUGCUGGCCCUGGUCUGGCUCCAGUGAAACUCCUCAGGGCUGCAUGGGGUGCACGCAUCUCCACCCCUCCUAAACUACCAUGGAUCAAAUUCAUUCCUCGUGCCCUCUCUCUCUUUGUUAGAAAACUAAAAUAUCUCCAACAGCAGCUCAGUUUGUGUUUUUGUAAUGUAGAACAGACAGGACUAGAAUGAUCAUACAUCAAAUCAGAGUUAGAAUAUCUCUUACAAAACAAACACAACAGCUUUAAAGAAGCUUUCGAGAUAUCUUAGAGGUCAGUUUGCAUUUGUUUCACUCUCUGUAAAAGUAAGAUACAGAGUGGACUUUGAGCAUCAAUCAUCUUAUGCAACAUUCAGAUGAGAUUGUUCUUUUUUUGGGUAACAGGGACAUUUGGUCAGAUGGCUUUUGUUCAGUCCAGGGUCCUUGGGGUCACUUCGGCCUACAACUGCUGUUGACCGUCAGCGGUGUCCCUCCCGGGGGAGUUUGUCCUUCGAUUUAACCCCCCAGAUUUUGGACCUGAAUAGGAGUGGCUGCUGACCACUGACCGGCAGGUCGGAGAAAUGGUCUUAGUAUUUGUGCUCAAAAGGCUGAGGGUGACAGGGGUGAUGGAUGUUGUAGCUCUUCUGCUCUGCUGCAGAAACUGACCAAAGGACUCACGGCACCAAGCAUCUGUCACACUGCCUCACCUCUUUUUCCCACCACACCAGAAACCCUCACUGACCCCACACCCACACAGUCCAGGCCUCUUUCAUGUAGCACCUCUGCUUCCUGUUAGCUCCAGGAGUCACCACGUCAUCUGCCUUGGUGUUGAUGGUGAAGUGAGUGUUGGUGAAAAUGAAUCUUAGAGGGUUGUUUACUGAUUUACCAGAUCUGAGACCAAAGAAAGACCGGCUUUUAGCUGUUCCUCUCAUUUGUAGGAUGUUAUUUAAUUUUGCUCUCUUGUGUCUUUUUUUUCUCUCGAUGCAGACCCGAGGAAGAAGUACCAUGUUAAGCUUCUGGCGUAUAAUUUUAUUGGCGAUGGUUACCAGGCCGACCAAACUAUCAGCACUCCUGGAUGUGUUUGUGAGUCCCUCAUUAUUUUGAAUUAGAUGUGUGUUUUUUCAGUGCAUUUGAGGUGUAAAGGGAUUAACACUGAUGUUCUUGUUUCUCAGCUGUUCGAGAUCGCCUUGUGCCCCCUCCACCUCCUCCUCAUAAUGUGUACGCCAGGACUAACAGUUCCACCGCCAUAUUUCUGAACUGGGGUCGACCAGCCUUUACCUCCAGCCAUGCAGUGAAUUACACUGUUCGCUGCAACCCAGUGGGCCUGCAGAACGCUUCUCUGGUGCUUUACCUGCAGACGUAAGAACAUUUUCAAUUAUGUAACUUUUAGCCAUCGAGCGAAGCAUCACACACUUGACUCAUCAUGACUGUACAAUUUAUUGUGGUCAUUAUGAACCAUGUGGUAGUUCAGUGCAGUUGUUACAGUAGUGUUUUAUUAACUGAUAGUUCACCAUGAGUUUAUUGUCACAGCACCAGCUACAUGACCUUUUACUUCAGCUAUUUAGGUUUUUAAAGUUUUAAGGUCACAAGAACUGUGACAUUUCUACUGCACACUGCUGGCACAGCUCUCUGUCACCACCUGCUGGCGGGACGGAGCAAGCAGAUUUUUAUUAAACAACCACUGGGCAAACAAAAUCUAAUUUAACAUCUGCAGAUUGUCAGACCAAAUUGAGAGAUUUUAUUUUUGAAAGUCAAAGCCUUUGAGAGAUGUUGGAUGAUUUUUUAAAAACUUUGUAGAUCAUCGAACACAACUGAGUUCAUUUUAAAGAGGUCCAGUAAUCAGCAAAUCACAUGAAACAGAUUUGUACGACUGAUGUCUGUCUUAUUGUAAAAAUAGGUUUUGUUAACUGGCCUUUUAACACCUGUAAUGUCCCUUUUCUACAGAAAUGAGCAGAGUCUUUUGGUGCGAGACCUGGAGCCAAACACAAAGUAUGAGUUUGCCAUUCGCCUGCACAUCGACCAGCUCUCCAGCCCCUGGAGCCCUGUGGUGUAUCAGAGCACGCUCCCUGAUGGUGAGUUCAGAAUGAUCAAACAUUUUAGUUUGAUCUAUCAUAUUAAAAUUAAAUUAUUAUUAUUAAAUAUGUGAUGUUGCAUAGGUAUCACAAGUGACAGGUAAUCAGGAGGUCUCUAGAACAUUUCUUGUCCACCAACGUUUUUUCUCACAAUUGUUUGAAAAGAAAAAGUUAAAAUAAGAAUUAUUAAAUUACCAAAUGUUUAUUCGUUUUGUGAGUCAUGUAGAAAAGUUUCCUCAAUGGACAUUAAAUAAAGAUACCUUACAUCCUCUUGUGAUGUUUAAAGUCAUGUAUUUGAUCUUAUUCUUGUCGUCCUUUCCCUCUCAGCUCCUACUCUGUCCCCGUCUAAUGUGAAAGUGACUCUGAUUGAGGAGGACACAGCGCUGGUUUCAUGGAAACCCCCAGAGGAAGCUAAUGUAGCUGUGACACAUUACACCAUCCUGUACGCCUCCAGACACGCCUGGAUAGCCGGGGAAUGGCAAGUGCUGCAAAGAGAAGGUGAGGAGACUCGCGCAGAAUGAGGUUACACAGGUGUAGAGGAGCGGGGCGACACACAAAGGCCCCUUCCAGCUCCACACAAAAGGACCAUUGGAAAUCAGUAACUCAUUUCACCCUCCAAUCUAAAGCUCUGCUCAUGGUGCCAGGGCGGGUUGAGCUCACUGCUUUUGCUUUGCUGAUAAAAUCACCUUUGCAGGUUUAAUUUCAUUAAAACAAAGACUUUGAUUUUCUCCUGUAUUGGCAUUUCUAAAACAAAGAACCCUUUUGUCCUGCCUCUGUGUAAAGAACUGAGCACAUCUGGGGAUGGGAUGUGUCUAAACAGCACGAACAUUUCACAGAUUCCCAUUUAAAGUGCAGCAGUUAUCUAUCAAUGGUUGUUGUGUUGGGUCUUGUGUUUGUCAUAGAAAACAGUCGCCACAGUCACUGUAAACUCUUGAACAGAAAAGGUGAAAAAGGGUUUGGAUGUUUUUGUUUGCUGUGUAUUUCUGUGACACUCAUGAUUCUCUGUCUCUGUGGAUUCGAUUUAAUAUUAGUAUUUCAUAAUGUUGCAUCAAAAGCUGCCUCAUUACAACAGUUUAUACUGACUUAGCUUUUUUAAGUUGAAGAGUUAGAGAAGUUGAAGUUAAGUUAGAGAAGAUUGUAGAAACAGAAAUUUUGAUCAGGCGAUACAGGUUUUCUUUAAUCAUAGAGUGACUCUUAAGUUGACAAGCUGACACAAAUGUAAGUGUUUGAUAAAUUAACUGGAUUUAAGGAAAUGAUACGUGUUUUCUGUGGUGUAGGCAGUAUGUUAUUUUCAACAGUCAUUGAAAUCAACAUACAAGUAUAGCCUUAUUGAGCCACCCUCACCCAAAGGCGGUCGUCCCUAUAAAGCUGUUUUUGUUGCUGGUUUGUGAGGCAGUGUAGGUGUUUUUAGGAUCACAUGACCCCAGGAAACACACAAAAAAGACACACAAUUCCCCAUUGCCCCUGGUGAAGGGGUCAAAAGUGAAGCCUCUCACAAAGGCCCUCCAGCUUAGCCCAGCCCCCAUCACCUCAAACUGAACAACCACCCCCCUCUCCCUACUGGGACCCUUGUGGUGUGUAUACUGGGUGGUACAGGACAAGGGAAUGUGUACAGCUCUGAUCCCCUGACCCCCUGCUCUUCCCCUCAGAAGCUCCCCUCAAACAUCCCUUUCAGCCGUGAGGAUUGUUUUAUGUUUGUCUUUCUCUGCAUCACAAGGUCCUGCUUCUUUGAGGUCAGCUCUUUGAAAGUAGCAACAUAUUGCAGAUACAGAUGUGUUUUUUUCAAGAUAACCUCUAAUGUCACCGUGCUUUAAGAUAUUUCUGCAUCAAGGGAAAAGUUUAGGAGGAAAAUUCAAACAGCUUUCUUCCUUUGCAGUGAUUUGUCUUCAACGAUUGGUUUUCAGUUUGGGUAACACAGAGCCAAACUUCUUGUUUCCCUCUCUUACCACUCUGUGCUCGGCCUGUUGCUCAGUUAUGACGGAGCCGUUCAUCUUCGUUAAACUCAUUUAAAAGACUCUCAGUGUUCAGUUAAACACCAGGGUUGUUCUUUUUUGACCAACAGGCAGCAUCACCAUGGCUCUGCUGGAGAACCUGAAGCCCAACCAGGUUUACUUGGUGAAAGUUUCUGCAUCCAACAGCAUGGGAGAUGGUCCGUUCUCUCAAACAGUGGAGCUGGUGGUGCGAGCAGAUCUCUCCUCCAGCCACGAUUCAAGGCUUUCCCGCGGAUCCUCACACUCUACAGGUAAGUGACAUCAUCCCACAUUUGUGCUACUUUUCAGCAAGAGUUGAAUCUUUCUGAGGCUAUGUUUUAGCAUGUGAUUGACAGUGUUACUAUCUUUCACAGGCUUUUCGGAUGGCUUCUACCACCUGGAUCAAAAGUCAAUGACAGGCAUCACCGUGGGAGUUUGCAUUGCUCUCAUCUGCAUUAUCAUCUGUGCUUUCAUCAUCGUCUGCAGAGGGAAAAACAGGUAAUUCAUGCCUGCAUUAGAAACAGAGCCAAACACAGAUGAGCUAUGGUUGAUUUCCCUGAGUGUUUUUUCUAUCUAUAAUGGUGCCAUAUUUGUGUCACUGCAGGAAAUUUUCAGCUGUAAAAAUAUACGGUGAAGGAGUGGGCACAUCUGCCUCAUCUGCAGGACAUCUGAGCUCUGAGGGACAAGCUGAAAACGCUGAUGUGACCGUGCCGAUGAUGAGCCAAAACCACUUUAUUGAUACCAAGGUACAGGCCCAGUGUACAGCAUGUAACACAUUUACAAUAGUCAAAAAAACAACAACUUUGGAGUCACUUAUUAAAACACUGAAGAUGAGAUUUUACCCACAUCACAUAAGUACAGCUUGGUUAAAUAUUCAGUAAUUUAGGAUACUAAUACAGCAAAGAAGGUUCGCACCUAUUAGGAUGUAGCAGAAAAGAUAAAUGUUGAGUAUGAAUGUGAAACGACACCCAGUGUUGUUGCUCUCUGUUUUUUCAUCAGAACUGGAUUUGGCUCAGGCUUUUCAUUCUUUAAAAUGUGUUUUCUGAACUGCAGGGUGGAACAAACCUCAUCAUCAAUUCCCUGGGCCCUGUUCAACCCGGCACUGAGAAGAAAGAGAAAUGGUUUUCCUUCAGCAGUCACAUGAAAAAGGACAAUAAGGCAGCACAGGUGAGAUCUAGAUUUGUGAGUGUUCUCUGUUAAGUGUCACCAGCAAUUUGUCGGUGUCGUUACCAGAACCUCUAUAAAGUGGGUAACUUGUGACAUAGUUUGAUGUUUGAGUGGACUUGGUUAUUUCUUUUGUCUUAGUGACUAUAAGCUUUAUUCACCAUCACAAGCUCAAGUUUUUUCUGUCUCACUUUAUUUGUUCUUUGAAAAUGUCCAAAGUCUGAGGCAGAUUAUUAUUAUACACCUUUGUCCUCCAAUCAGUGAAUGCCAGGCUCUUGUGAUUUGGAAACUUGUUAGUUGUUUUUAAAUUAGGUUUUAAUUAGUUCAUUCUGAUAUGUAUCUAUUAGUUUUUAAUGAAUUACCCAAGUUUGUGGACUCUGAGCACACAGAAAGAAGAAGCUGAGUGAAUCUAAGAAAAUCCAAAUUAGAUCUAAAAUGGUUUGCAUCUUACCUUGAAACAAAUUUCAGGUUAAAAAGAUCUUCUCUGAGUUACAGUAUCUUCUUUAAAAAAGAGGGUUUGGAAAUAAUAUUGUGUAGCUGUGUAGGAUUAUUUUUUCUUAAAUUUGAGUGUUACAUCCAAACCAGGAAAUCUUUCAGAAUCAAGAGAGGUUGCGAUCGUCUGCAAUCUCACAUGUAUAACAUGAAGAAAAUUCCUUUGUAUUGCAGAACAUGAGACAAGGCACGGCCUCCUACCAACCCGGUACCACAGUGUUGACAUUUGAGGAGGAGCUGUCUCCAGACCAGCCCACCGCCCUGCAAGGUCUGCUCUGGAGCCCCGGAGACACUGAGGGCUCCUCGAACAGUGACGGCAGCCACGCAACCGGUGAUUCAGGUCGCUACUCUCACGAUGAGACCGAAAUGACCAACCUCUCGUCUGGAGACAGCAGCCGCCCUCCGUCUCUCACAGCAGAGGACACUGGGGACUCAGACUGCAGCGGCCCUGCUGAGGAGCUGCUGGAGGUGUCUGAGCAGAGUCAGACUGAGAGGAAAUUAACAGAGUCCGUUCAGAGCAACUGCUGUCAACACGAGGCACAGAGCAGCUCUCAGUCUGGACUUUCUCUCCAUGUACACGGGCGUGUACCUGAGUGUGUGUGAGACAGCGUAUGUGUGUGUUUGAAUGUCUGAUAGCGUGUGUGAGUGUGUGUGUGUGAGUGUGUGUGUGCAUGGAGGCUGGAAAACUUGCAAAAUCUGGACUGAAGUGUAAAAGUAGCUGAGCAUGUCACAGACUUGUCUGUGUGCUUGAAAUAUAUUUACACUUCAGAUGAAAUUAAAGAAAUAGUUCAACAUUUUUUCAGAAAUAGUAGCAUUACUUGAUUUGGAAUGAUUAAGGUAGAUGCCGUAGUUGUAUCUGUUCUGUCUGUUAUACAGUUACUCUAUCUGCCUGUUAGCUUAGCUCAGCACAAUGAUAGGAAACAAGACAAACAGUGUGUGGGUCUGUCUUCAACUUAUGGUUGAGCACAUGAUAUUUUCUCUGUUUGAUCUCUACAAAAACUGAUGGGUUAAAAACACAAAGCUGAGGUUGUAGGUCAUUUGCUGCAUGUUUGCUCGGACCAGAAGCUUCCUCGAGUCCCUUCUUGGUGAUUUGAUGUUUUUACCCUUCAGUUUUUGGAGACAUUGUUUCCUGCUAUUGUACUGAGCUAAGGUAACUGGCUCCAGAUGAAAGCAUCAUACAUACCGCGCAGACAUAACAGUGGUAUCAAUCUUCUAAUCUUAAAUUUGCAAAGAAAGGCAAUACUGUGCUUCCCUAAAAUGCUGAAGUAUCUAGUCAUCCGUGAGUUUCCACCUCAAACAUGAGGAAUAGAAAAUACUAUAGUGUUAUUUCCAUUGCAAGUGUUCUUCUGGCCUGAAUGUAAGUAUGAGAGAGAGAGAUGUGAAGAACCAAGUGAGAAACCUUCAUUUUUACCCCUUUUCCUCUCGGUUCAACACACAGCAGUCAGGAAGCCGACAAAGGCCUCUUGUUGGCAGGUGCUGGAUGUUUGAUUUUUCUUUAACUUCUCUGUUUCAUUCGAUAAAUUUCUGUUUCUUUUUAGUUUUUUUUUUUAUCUGUGUGUGUCUGUUUAUGAAAAAAAAUCUCACCCACCAUGAAUGUUUGAAAAGACUGUCAAAAAUGUGACAAAAUGUCACAUCUCUGGCAUUAUUUAAGAAAGUUUAUCACUGGAGCAAAAAGGGAAGCGUGAGUCCUUUUUGCUGAUUAUCUACCUCGGUUUACCUGUGGGGUAAACUUCUCCUGUAUAUUUAAAAACUACUUAUACCUACGUUGUGUGAUGAGCUGCUUAAGUUACAUUACAUCCAAUACUUCCUGAUGACUUUUCUACUGAUUGUCAUCCAUUUUUAUGUUUUCCUCUUAACUUUGUUCUAAUUUGUGGGUGGUACGGGCGCUGCGGGUUUCUCUUGCUCCACUUGUGUUGAUUGCAGAAAACACACAUACAGUUCUUAUUUAUCCUCUCAGAUGUCACUGAGGUGCUGAGCCAGUAUUAAUAAUAUUUUAUCCUCAUUUGGUCCAUUAUUGAGUAAUGGAGUGAAAAGAAAAAGAAUGUCUGUAUUUGUUUUGUAUUUUUUGUGCAGCAGCCCCUACCAUUCCUGUUUUAUACUACCUCCUUUAAGAAUUUAUUUUGUUGUCUUGUCAUUUUCCUAAACUCAGGGAACAAGGUUUAGUACAUUUGAAAAGUCAUGUAGUGUUACAUGCUGAUCUGACAGGGUAUGUUCUCAGUACUAAACUAUUGCAGUGUGUUAUUGCCUAGAAAAUGCGAUGAAUGUAUCUCUCACAUUGUGUGCCAGGAGCUCAGAUGUUGUUGCUGUCCUCCUCACAGAUGGAAACCUCCUCUGUAGUUUCUCCUCAGGUCCUGUGACGUCUGUUUUUGCAACAGGCUCUUUUGUUUAUUCGUGUAAAGAAUCACACCUGAAGUGCUUGCAGUGGCAUGUCGGUACAGAAAAGCUUUAAGAUGAAUGUGGGAAGCUUCCCUCAGAGGCUGAAAUGUAAUCUGGGGGAAGCUCCACGUGAGGAUGCAACACAUGAAGAAGAAUGAUUGUAGUAAAAAGCAAUGGAAGUGUUUAAUCAGAGAUGAAAGUGAAGAAUUGAAUGAACACCAUAAGACAUUUUUAAAAUCUAUAUUUUUGUUAGAAGAUAAUGUACUACUGAGUACACAAUGUAGUUACUUUUGUUCCAAGUAGUUUUUGUUGUUUUGCUGUAGAGUAGAUAAAGAUUAGCACUUGUCUGCCCAGUAGUUUUGUAUUUUAGGCCAACGUGCAGCGGUGACUGUGACGCUUUAACCCAAAGAAUUGUUUGCUAUCUGAGUUUAUUUUAGUCUCUCAACUAAUCUCUGGCAGAGGGUUACUGAGGAAUAUGAAAUAAUCAACACUGAUUAGACCAAAGAUGAGAAAACAGCCUUUGAGAUGAGUUGAGGCGCUGCUCCUCACACAAAGCCUUGCACAUUAGUGGCCUUGACCUGCGACUGAAACAGCGAAGAGAGCUGCAGGUUAAAACUCUGAGGAAGUGCCAGCAGGAUACACUGACACUUCAUGACAACAGAGUGACAAUUAAUAAUCAGAUAUAUGCACAGAAGCCAAAUGAUCCUGUCGCAGAGUUCCUUGAAAAACGUUGCAAACAGAAGUCUGUACAUUGUAGAGGAAAAUUAUUAAAUACAGUAUAUUAUAUUGAUUAGCGGUCUGUGAUGCAACGGUGCAGUUGUGUGUAAAUGUGCACCCACUAAUGUUUCACCUUGAUACACAGAUACAUAUAAGAAAGAAAUGACGAAGAAGUUUGUAUCUUGGAAGAUCCUUACAUGUGAAAACUUCUUGAAAUACUCCAAAUCGAUUCCAUAUUGAAUUAUUUAACACUAGAAAGGUCAGUGGGUGUACAAACAUUCAAAUAUUUCUGCAUUUCUAAUCAGAGGACUCUGCUGAGGAUUCAAUCAUGGGAAAUAUUUUGGGAUGAGAAGUGACACAAUCAGUUUAACUUUAUUUUUUAAAAAGCAAACAAUAUAAACCAAAGAAGGUCACCGCUGCAUAUUGGCAAGAGAUCAGUUUAUAUGCAUCCUCUUUUUGUGUGAAAUGUCAUUUUCAGUGUUCUCAUACCAUUUAAAUGACUUUAUAACGUGUUGUACUAUGAUUAACGCAGGAAGAAAAUGUUACGUUUCAUUAUCAACAUGUUUCCAAAAUAAUCAACUUAUCCUUAUUUUGUUAUUUUUAACAGUUAUUUUUGUUUAUUCUGCUUAUGAUGAGUUAAAGUGGGAUUCACAUUUCUAUAAGUUAUUCAGAUGAGCCGUGUUGUUAACGCUUUUAAGGGCUCAGAUCUUAAAUCUGAAAUCAACAGUCUUUAAAAAUAUAUCAGUUAGCAUGUGACGGGAUAAAUACCUUUUAUACAUCUUUACCAGCUGUUACAAUUUAAACAGAAAACUACUGGAGUCCCUCAGGUUCUGAAUUAAGCCCUGUAUUGUUCAUACAGAUACACCUCAGGUUUUUCACUUGCUUAUUUUGACAGUGCAGAUGCAAUAUUCCUGGGUCAUUGCUGUGUGUGAGAAUAAAAAUGACAAGAUAUAUCUUCGUCAAUCAAGGGACACACCAUGUUUUUCUGCCGUCUGUCAUCUCAUGCGUAUGAACUUGGAUUUAUAUUCCUGUCUCGUCAUGUGAAUUCAAAAGGGAUAAAAACACUGAGUUGUUCUUUCUUUUUGCAGUAAAGUUGUGUUUGAAUAAUGUUCGGGUGGAGCACUUUGGGUCAUUAUUGUUAAACUCAGGGGAACCUACAGCUGCUCCACCUUAAAGAGAAAGCAGGCUAAAGUCUUGAAAAUUGAAUGUACCUUUUUGUAAUUGCUCUAUGUUUUCUGUUGUUCUGUUUAUGUUUUAUUUUGUUUGUCAAGAAAAUCACUCAAAAGUUGUUUUUUGCCAAAAAUGUUUAGUUAGGAGAUUUUAGACGUAAUUAAUAAUGAAAAGUCUGAUUCUCUGUUUAAAUAAAAGUACAAAAUAUGUAACUUCUAUGCUGUUUUUUUUUUUUCCUUUAUGCACUCUCAGUUCUGGUCAUGUUCAAAAUAUUAUAGAUGGACAAAAACACAAUUUUGAGUCAAGGUUUGUGUAACUACUAAGAGUUCAUUUUUUGACCAUUUUACACAGUUAAAUGUGUCACUUUUAACUCCAAAUGUUCUUCAAGAUAGGAAUACAUUUAAAAAUCAACUAACUAUGAAACUAUUAUAACAUUAAAGCUCAGUCUCAAAAAUCCUUAAUAAUCCUUAAAAGAUUGUUUGUAUUCAAUGAUCAUAUUUGUUCUCAUAGAUAAAACUUUAACUUGCUUCUAGGAGACAUUGCUCAGUGGAUCAUUAAAAUGUUUUGUCUGCGCAUUUGUUUAAGGCCUAAACUUAAGCUACUGCAACAUAUAUACAUUAAAAAAACAACACCUAAAUAUUAAACUGCUACUUUAUAUGAUGUUAUACAGGCUGAAUUGAACAUUCGAAGUUUUAACUAACAUACUUUUUGCAUGUUAGUUCGAUUAUUUCCAUACAAGAACAUUUUUCUUAUUUGCUACAAUGAUCAUUUUUACUAAAUGGGUCAAACUAGGGUUAAAAUUGUCAUGUAUAAUGUUUCCUCUAUAUCUUUAAUGAGCUUAAAUUGGUCUUAAAGAAGUUUUCUGAAGUGAUGUAUGUGUAAGGUAGGCUGCAACUGGAAAUUACAUUUCUAGUCAAUUAUCCUGUAAGUUAAUUAGCUAUUUAGUCCAUCUAACCACCCACCUACCUACCCAUCACAUCUUGUAAAAGCUCUGCAGUUCACAAAAAAAGGUUCAUACUAUUUGAUGAUAAAUAACAAAAAAAAGAGGACAUUAACAGGACAACACUGACCCCUAUCUGAGGCAUUUCAGUCAACAACACAUCAGUGUACUUUUCCAUGAGUUAUGUUCUCACUAAAGUACAGAGACGCAGAUUGGCUGAAUGUUUAUCUUGAGGUCAAAAUUACGAACCGUCUUGUAAACACAUGUAGGACAUAAAUGCAACUUACUAGUUUAUAAAGCUCUACAUAGCCUGGCACCAGAAUACUUUACAACGAUGAUUUUAAUUUAUGAACUAGGGCGGCCUCUCAGACUUCUUUUAGUCGUUCCACAGAGCAGAACAAAAAGAUUUGGUGAUGGUUCUUUUAGCUGCUACACUCCAACACUAUGGAGCAAACAUCCAGAGGGUCUGAGACAAACUGGAAAUAUAAAAAUCUUUAAAUGUAAUCUUAAAACUCAUCUAUUUAGCCUGGCUUUUAUGUAAAGCUUUAUUGUUUUAUUUACUCUUAUAAUUUAUUCAUUUUUUAGUAUCACUUUUUACCUUAUUUAUUAAUGAAUUCAAGUUUACAUUUUAUUGUCUGUUUUAGUCUAUUUUAAUAACUUUUAUUUGUCUUGUCCUGAUGUACUUUGUACUUUGAGCUGCAAUUUCAUUUGUGUGAACAGUGCUAUAAAAAUAAACUUUGAUUAAUUGAAUUCAAGGCAAUCAGAUGUAAAAAUUUGUAGAUUUUUUUAAACAAAUUGCCAUUUUGUUUAACAUUUGAAAUAUAAUUAAAUCACUGCAAGCAAUUUGAAGUGAUUUGAGUUCAUCUUAGUUUAUAGCAGUUGCUGAGCAGCGUCAGUGGUUGUACAUGGAGCUUUUAAAAUGGUUGUUAGACUCUGCUGACCGGUUUGGCGACAUGUCUUAAAACUUUGAACUAAAGUCUGCUGAGGACAAACUAACAACACCAGCACGUGCUCUUUGCUCGAUGGUUAAACUUUCCAACACUAACGCAGUGAGAGUUAGAGACAAACCUCUGCUACCACUGACACAAUACAGUGAAAAACGCUCCCAAAAUACUACUAUUUAUUUGGUCUGGCCGUCGAAGCCAGUCUUGUCACGCUUCCUUGUUUAUGUUUUUUUAGAGCCGCAAAGGUUUGUUUCCAGACUGUUGCUCCACCCACAUAAAGCUAGUUUAUACACCGCGCUGACUAUUGGGAAAUGUAGUCCUAGAAGCUGGGAGAAGCGUUCUGUUGGAAGUGCAAGUGUGCCAUCUGGAACUACAUUUCCCACUUAAUCAUGGACUUGUAGUGUUGUUAACGGAUAACCCGAGGGCUGAGACAUACUGCAACAACUCUGCAGCUUCUGUAAACAGCUGCUUCGUCGUUGGGCGCUAAACAGAGGUGAGUUUUUCACGUGUUGUUGAUGUUAUUUAAUCGAUUGUGAUAGGGAGCUUCUUAAGACAACAGCUAUGCUAAAUAAAGCUUUAAACCAUGAGCUCUGACGAUGCUGCGAGGGUAGAUGUUUAUAACAAGUCUGUUAAGUAGGUAAAAUAGAUGCGAACUGACCUCUAAAUUACAAAAUGCCAUGUUUUCAUGCGAGAUAGUAACUGUUGUCAUCUGCUGUUUUCGUUGUUGUCUUUGUAGUUAAGACAAACACAGGCUGUUGUUAUUGUCAGGCCUCAGGAGCUGGCAUCUUUGACUAGUACAGUAAUCUGUCGCCACUGCAGGUCGCUGUUUUUUUUCCUGUUUGUUUCCUGUGUGAAGACAGUCUGAAGUUCAUGACCAGACUACAGUAAAAGAAAAUAUCUAUCUAUACAGUGUAACAUGCAUAUGUGCUGGAUUAAAAUUAUAAUAUAGCUUUUAACCAAACCAACAAGAUUUCACUUUCUUCAAUAUGGCCUCUAUUUUCUACUCCUCAGUCCUUUUUUGCUUUUAUAGAUGUGCAAAAAUGAUUGCUCUUCAUAUAUUCCUUUUAUGAGUGAGCUUAAAAAAGACAGGUAGUGUGAGGAGUAGAAAAGAGGGAAGACAUGCAGCAGAAGAUCAGGUUUGUGAACCCUGCCCUCAGAAAAGAGGAGUGUAGGUGUGAGUCAAAUUAAAUGUUGGUGCUGUCAGGGCAAGCAGGUCUGAAUCACACCGUGAAUCCUUUCAUUUUCAUCAAGUUAACAUGGGAAAGAAGUGAUAGAUUUCUAUAUCUGUCUGCUUCUUAAAAUACCUUUCCAGCACUAACACUUUACUCUGACAUUACUGAGCAGUAAUUCAUCCCAAGAUUAGACACAGCAGGUGGCUUUUUGGCACACCUUUUACCUUUAUCUUUUUGCUGAAACUAUUCCUAAAUAUGUACAGUACAGGCCAAAAGUUUGGACACACCUUCUCAUUCAAUGUCUUUUAUUUUUUAUAUGACUAUUUACAUUACAGAUUAUCGCUGAAAGCAUCAAAACUAUGAAUGAACGCAUGUGGAAUUUUGUACUUCUAAAAAAAGUGUGAAAUAACUGAAAACGUGUUUUAUAUUCUAGUUUCUUUAAAAUAGCCACCUUUUGCUCUUGAUGACAGAAGUAACCCUGACAAGGCACACCUGUGAAGUAAAAACCAUUUCAGGUGACUUCCUCAUGAAACUCAUUGAGAGAACAGCAAAAGUUUGCAGCGCUAUCAAAAAAGCAAAGGGUGGCUACUUUGGGGAAUCUAAAAUAAAAAACAUGUUUUCAGUUAUUUCACACUUUUUUCUUAAGCACAUAAUUCCACAUGUGCUCAUUCAUAGUUUUGAUGCCCUCAGUGAGAAUCUACAAUUUAAAUAGUAAUGAGAAUAAAGAAAAUGCAUUGAAUGGGAAGGUGUGUCAAAACUUUCAGCCUGUACUGUAUAUAUAUGAUCAGAUACAGCUGUUACGUAGCAGAACUUUUCCUCAUGUUUAUUCAGAACAUAAUCAUGUGAAAAAAGUAAGAGGGAGGUCAUUAUCAUGACACACUGACCUAUCUUAUCUUUUUAACUGUGACAUACUGUUGGGUUUUUUGUUUUUUCUUUAUCUCCUGUAGGUUCCUGUUUAUUGCUGACAAAACAACAGCUAUGUCAGAAACUUCGAGUGAUGCAGAGUCAUCCUGUGGCUGGACCAUCAUUAGUAAUGAGGUAGAAAGCCUUUUCUUUACUUGAACCCUGACAAUUGUUAUUACAAACACAUUACAAUUACAAUACAGUUGCAUCACACAGUCUUGUCUAAUCAAAAAGUGUCGUGGGUGAGACAUUAGAUCAAACAGACUGGUACAAGAAAAGAAAAUAGAUCCAGGGGAAAGACACGCUGACUGCAGAGCCACAGUGACACACUUUUGAAUUAAUUGAUUAACUUUAUUGGUUAACUUUAUUUAUUUUAUCUGUGAAAUAUCAAGCAAAUACAGAUAAUUGUCAAAGUAUAGGCACUGAUAAUCAGGCACUGUGGAUAACCGCUAAUAUAGACAGUAUGUGUAGGAUGAACUGGUUACUUGAUUUGACACUGAUUUGACAUCUCAAUCUGGCAAUAAACCUGUCUUUAACCACACCAACUUGUACUCAGAUAUGCUCUUUUAUUACUAGAGUCUUUUUAGAGUUUUAGCAAGGGCGUUUUUUCACCUUAAUUACUCAUUUAACUCUAAGAAUUGUGGAUUGCACAAAAGUGAAUUUUUGCCACAUUUGAAAAAAAUCCUGCAGGUGUGACAAAAAUUAUGUCUCUCAUUUUCUGUUUUUGUUUUUCCACCAUGCAUCAGUGAAACCUUGACUCUGUAACUCUGUAUUUUCAGCAUCAUGCCGACUGGUAUUUGUUUUGUUACAGUCUCCAAUGUGUUUCAUCUUGUACUUUUCUAGCCUUGUUAUCUAUGUGAUUAAUAAGUUCUCACUGAAGGAUUAUCUUCCAUUGAAAUACAGGACACAAAUUUUUACUUCUUCAUAUUUGCCAAGAACGUCUCUCAGUAUGAAUCUAAAUCAAUAAAGAUUUCAUAUUUUUCCCUCUUUUGCAUGUACAGGGUUCAGACAUCGAGACACUGGGCUCGGAGGCUGUGGCGGAGUAUGGGGCAGAGCUGUUAGAGCACCCUCAAGUGGAGACAGCAGAGCCGCAGGAAGAUCAAGUGCCUCUGCUGGCUGGUAAGUAUCCUCAUUACACUUUUUAUGGCACUGAUCCAGCAACAGAGCGCAAGUCAGUGCUAUCACGACUCAUUGUGUUGUUAGUAAGACAUCUCGAAAAUAAAAACACCCCUUUUUUAGGGUGGGAUGUCACUUCUUUGUGUGCACACAGGACAAUCACAUUGGAACAUCUGAAAGUCACUAAGAAGUUUACAACUCUUAAAUAGACAUUUCUGAUCUUGAAUCUAUAUGCUUGCUUUGUCCUGGAUCAUAAAUCACAGCCUGGGUGCCAACACCAUGAUAAAUACUAUAUUUAAUUUUUCAGCUGGUUGUGCUGAAGAGGGAGUUGCUGAUUCACUUGAUGACACUCUGGGAGAGAAAACUCUGGAUGAGACUCUGUAUGCCUCUGAGGUAAGAGCAAGAAAAGCGUUACUUUCUAUGAUUUUUUUAAAAAUAACCCAGGGUUUCUUCAUUGCUGCUCUCUCUGCCAUCUGUUUCUUACAUAUUGUAUCCUUCCAGGCCAGAGACAACACCACAGAGAAAGUGCAUGUGACUGUGCUGUCCUCCAGCGAUCACUCAGACAUCGUGACUCUGCAAGACUUGAAGGAGGAUGAGCACGCUGAGGUGGAGGAGGUGGCAGCAGCCAGUGGGGAGCUCUACAUGGGGACCUCCUGCAGCAGCCAGUACGCCUUUACUGCCACAGAGACUGGUAGGGCUGCAGCACCACCCACCAACUGGCACAAUAGACUGUUUUUAGGCUCUAGAGACAUGUUUAGAUCAUGACCAAAAAGUCAAACAAGAGUAAACAAGACUUUUUUUCUCUCUACUUGUUUCUUACAUCUUGAAAGCAGGUUUGAAGUUGAGUCACUGGAAAGUUCCACAGAGCCUCCAGAAGCUAGGUUUCUAUUUGAGAAGUCAGCUCACUGGAGGUCGAUCUCUUCCAGGUGGCCAAAUUGAAUCUGGAGUGAAGCUAAUAUGAUACUAAGCUUGUUUAGCAGUGUACAGACCUAACUUGUCUGUGACUUGGCAUGUUGAUGAGAGCCAGCUGGGCCUUUUAUAAAAGCAUGUUUCACCAGAAAUCUACCGCAUGAUUUAGUUUUACCCCGUGUAUGUUUGUCAGUGUGCUUGUACAUCUGACCUUAGAAAAGAAAAGGUCAUAGAAAAGGUCUGAUUUACAGUGCUGUGAAAUUGGGGCUGGGCAAUAUAGCCUUUAACUGAUACCAUCAUAUUUUUAAGUUAUAUCACAAUAUACAAUAUUUACAGUAUAGCUUGAUAUUUUGAAAAGUCUUUUGAAUCACCAUAUCAAUGUUAAAGUCGUCUUUUUAAACAUGUUUGCAAAAAAGGGAGAAUCAAAAUCAAGUGGAACAGAACAAACUUUCUGUUUUGAGCUGCACAUUAGCUUUCAGCUGAUUAAAAUAAAUACUAGCCCAGUUGGCCCUCCUACUGUGGACUCGAAGUCCCUUAACUAAAACAGAGCUCACAUCAACAAAAAAGCCCAUUCAACAUCAGAAAGACUUUUAUAAAUGAUAUAAAAGUACAUUUAAGUGAUUUGUUUUUCUGCUUGAUCGUGUUUGUAACAACAGAUCAUUUAAAAAAUUGUAUGUUAACCACAGGAGCAGAGGUCCAGGCUGUAAUCAAUAACAGUAUUAUCAGAGGAGGACUGGAGGCAUGUUUGUGUGCGUGUCGCUAGCAGAGUUUGUAAUAACACAGAAAACUGGAGUUUUUUUAAUCAUGACUGACCUCCCGCUGAGAGGAAUAAUGAGUGACACAAGUGACUCUGGUGUGAGAUUGACAUUGAUCCUGUAAUCUAUCUGACCCACAAAAAAGAAACCAGAGAUUUUUUGUGAAGAGAAUAUUUUGGUUAAAACUCUUCAUUGUUCCAAAAGCAUGUUAUAAGAGAAUAUGUUCAGUUAUCAUUUUGCAUUAAUAGAUGAUAAUCUGCAUGACUAACCUCACCUGUGAGUGAGUGCUUGUCCUUUUUUUCUUGGUAAAUCUUCCUGGUAAACUUUCUUCACGAUACACUCUGUAACCAAACUUGUGUUUCUGUAGUUUUCCCAGCGCAGCAGCCUGCAGUGACAAACUCCAGCAGCAGUGAAGAUGAAGCAGAAAGAAGCCCAAGUACUGUAGUCAGAAGACGAAGGUUGAGAAAGAGUAUUGCAAGCAUCCCAACUGAGCCUGAGGAGGAGGGUGUGCAGGAAUCUGGCCACAGUGAGGAGGAGGAGGAAGAGGAGGUCAAAAGACAGGAGGAGCAGACAGAAGUUUGUCCUGCUGCUGCUCCGGUUGUGAGAAUGAAAAAACAUGGAAGCAGCAUCCUCAACAAGUGUAUCCUGAUUGCCCUCGUUGUCGCCAUCAGCAUGGGCUUCGGCCAUUUCUAUGGUAAGAAGUUCACCAUUGAAGCAAAAGAUUUCUAAAGUAGUUUUUGACUAUUUUAGAGUAUUAAAGGAGGAAAAGAAAUUUACAGAUUACCACUGUGGUGGCAGAUGAAGUGGAUUUUUACACAAACACGCACAAAUACAAAGAUCUAGCAAUAUUAAAGCUUUGUUUCAGUCUAGAGUUAAUCUUUUUUUCUGUGAAAUGUAAACUGUCUUUGUCCAUGAGUGGAUUUCGACUGAAGAUAUUCAAAUUAGAUCUGUAGGAGUGUCAGAUUGAGUACCUGUCAGUAAUUCUCUGAUUGCAGUUUACAUUAAUGUAGUUGAAAAUUCUCUGUGUCCCUAACAAGGGUUGUUUUUGACCCGCCUCCUCACUUAAGCAAUAACAGCAGGUGCAUGAGUUAUCUCGGGAGACUCUUAUCUCAACGUUACGCUGACUUAGUCGAGUUUGUAGGUUUUGUACCUGUCCCACUUUUGCUCCUCUUUGUUUUCUCUUUAGAUGUUUGCAGGUAUCACAGACCACUGCAGAAGACUGUGUCGCUUUUAAGUUGUAAUAAGUUUCACAUGUUAUGAAUCUUCCAGGCACUGUCCAGAUUCAAGAAAGACAAAAAACUGUGGAGAAAACCAGAGUGAAUGAGUUUGAUGGAGUGAGAGAUCUGCUUCACCAACACAUGAAGGAACAACCUUUAACAAACCAGGUCAGUACCAGGCCAUGACUCAACAAUGGUAACACAACUACUGCUGCAGGACAUCCAUAAAAAUCACCUUUAGUCAUUGUUGACCAUACUUUAGAGUUUAAAAGAGCUUCUUUGAUGCAAAAUACACGUUUCCAGGUGAAUAUUCAGUCUUUAGAAACCCUUUAAAGAGCCAAUUCAGCAGAAAUGAAAUGUGAAAUGUCACUCUUACUUAGAGUUGUUGGUUCUACCCCGGUCUUUAAGAAUUCUCAUUAAUUAUCAUGUGUUUUAGUGUUAAAUAUCUAGUAUUUAAUACAAUUUAAUGAUAUCAUUUCACCAUCAACAGUUAUGACAAGUAUAACAGAAAAUAAUGGUCAAUUUUAUCUUCCUUUCAUCGCUCAGCUACAGAGGGAUGACUUCAGCCUGGACGACCUCGAUGAGCACAAAGUGAUUACGCUGCUUACAGAGGUGAUCGAGAAAAUCAAGAAAGAGAACCAGGAGCUCAGCGACAAACAGGCACAGACUCAGGUAGUUUGAAGCAGCUGCAAGGAGCUCACAUUUUGAUAAGAUUUCUGCAGUGUCCCUGUUUGGACGUGCGAGAUAAGAUACGUCGAACUAUGUAAUAUAAACAACAUUUGAACUUGAACACCUGCUCAGAAGAAGAGGAAAGUUUCCGGUCCCUUUUUAAAUUCUCAGAAUUUGCUAAAUGCUAAAUGACCAAGUUGUUGAGCCAGUUCUUUGCUCUUUGUCUCGUUGCUGAUUCAAUUUUGUAACGUAUGAAUCUCCUGCGUCAUUUUUAUUGGCAAAGUGCCAAACUUUUCAAGCGAUAAUGGAAAAACAAGCUCUUCUGGUAGAGAGGUGUAAAUCUUCCUUUCAGAGCCCAUAACACUUUUGUCUUGUAAAGGUCUUAUAAAGGCGUCAGUGUCAUUCUGAGAUGGUUUCAUACGGGUUGUAGCUUUUUUUAUAAACAAGAAAAACAGUAAAGAAAAAUGUUGUAGAUAAUGAAAGCUUAGAGGUUGGAUAUCUUAAAGUAAAAAAAAAAAAAAAAGAUUUAUCUACUUGCGUUUUAUUGUGAUAUAUAAAGGCUGAAUAGUUUGUGUGAACCUUGUGAUCAUCCCAUUUUUAACAACAGAACUUUUCUUCUUAUUUCCCUCUUUUCUCUUGAAGCUCCAGAGGAAAGACCUGGAAACGCUGCUAAAACAGAAGACCAAUGAGAGAAGUAACAUCUUGACUCAGCAGCAGAGGUUGACAGCUGAGAACCAGCUGCUGAAAAGCUCCCUGGAACGAGAAGAGAAGUCCUUAUCCACCUUACAGGAGGAGCUGAGAAACCUGCGCACUAAGAUCAGAGAGCGGGAGGUGACAGGAGCUGUAGCAGACUCGCUGCUGACAGAAAACCAGAGACUGAAAGACCAGCUGGAGGAAGGGAAACGGAUGAUCCGUAAUCAGAGGGAAGACAUGAUGGUUGAAGCACAGAGACUUAGGAAGAAGCUUGAAAAGGAGAAGAAGGUGACCGAUGAGCUAAGACGAGAGUUAAACCUGCUGAGAAGUCACGUCUCUGAAACCGAAAAAGACGGAGGUUCAGAGUCAGAGGAGCUGCAGUCACGUCUGAUGGACUUGGAGAAGAGAUUAAGCUUUGAGCAGCAGCGCUCUGACCUGUGGGAGAGGCUGUAUGUGGAAACCAAAGAAGACAGAGCCAAAGGAGACACAGAGUCUAAGGUGAAAAAAACAAAGGAAGGCAUGGCAGGCAAAGUGAAAGAGACAUUUGACGCUGUGAAGAACUCCACCAAAGAGUUUGUCCAUCACCACAAAGAGCAGAUAAAGAAAGCAAAAGAAGCUGUAAAGGAGAACCUGAGGAAGUUUUCAGAUUCUGUCAAACUAACUUUCCGACACUUCAAGGACUCGGCCUCAACCUUCAUCAACAAAGCCCGAGGUUUCUAUGAAAAGAGACGUGGAGAGAAGUAUUCGAAGGAGCAGUACAGGUUCAAGCCUCAUCACAGACACUCGCACAAAUUCGACGACUCCUUCCACAGCGAUCACAACACUCGUAAACCAGGAGACAAAUUUCACCAAGACCAACAACCUAACACCAACAAGGCCACCUACAAAGGGUGCUCAGGGGUGUUUGACUGCGCCUACCAGGAGUCCAUGAGUCUCUUUAACAAAGCCACAGAGCCAAUCAGAGCAGAUGAAUUUUAUCAGCUGAUGCAGAGCUACCUGCAGCAAGAGGUCGACCACUUCCACCACUGGAAAGAGCUGGAGAAGUUCAUCAACAGCUUCUUCCGAAACGGGGUGUUCAUCCAUGACCGCAUGCUAUUCACAGACUUUGUCAGCGGUGUGGAGGGCUAUCUGACCGACAUGCACGAGUAUCACGGCCUUGAUGACAAUGUGUUUGAAGAUCUGGAUGAUUACGUUUACCGGCACUUCUUUGGAGAGGCUUACACUAAAAGUUAUGGACCUAAGUAAGUCUCCAAAGGUACACAGUACAUUACUAAAAUGAUUCUUUUAUUGGAAACUUCUGCAUAAUAAUCUAGAAGUUAUUUGUAAAUAACGAUUUUUGAGGAGACUUCAUUGAAUAUGUACACUUGGCCUUACCUGGUGUCUUUAAGUGACUAGUGGUCAUGCUCUUUUCAUCAAAUACACUUUUUGCCAAACUCAGGAUUUGAAAAGACCCCUCUGCUUCACGCCUCGGUCCCCCUCAGGGUUCCUAUCCUUCUAACAACCUGCUCACUAUCCUUUAUCUUUAGAGUUGCUCUCAGCUCAGUCAGCUACAACAUUAUUUGUUUUGUGGUUAUAAUGUCUGUCAUUAUGCUGCAGUAGACUGUAUUGUAUCAUUCAAACGACCCAAUGUUCAUGUUGUUUCUGCUUUGUGUUUAAAUCUCACAGUGGGCCGUUUGAGAGGCCUGACGACUCAAAGGACUCCUCCAGAGCAAAGCAUCACCAGAGAAAGCACCAGCGAGCCAAAUCUCGUUCACACAGCGAGCGCAAGUGGAGCCGAUCAGGGAGAAAUGCAGACAGACACAUGGCUGAUGUCAAAAUAGAACUGGGUCCGAUGCCGUUUGACCCCAAAUACUGA